AUGCAGCUGGGCUGCAGGGGCGCCUCUGCGGGUGCGCGCCAGGCACUCAGAGCCCACAGGAAGAAGCAACAGGCAGGGGCCCUAAACGAGUAUAAGGAAAAGCUGCAGGCCCUGUCGAGGCAUGAAAAGGUCGUGCGAAUUGACCUGAAUGGAAAGGAGAAGAAAACGAGCAAGUACUUUUUCGAGAAGGAUAAAUAUGUGUACGUGAGGACCAAGGCGGAGAUUGAGCGGUUCGACAGGGGGGCAGGGCGGCCCAUCGGCGGGGCGUUGGUCCCGUCGGCGACGUCGGGGGCGACACCGGCCAUAACCACCGCCAGCGCCGCUAACAACGCUAACAAUGCUAACAUAGCCAACGCCGCUAACAUCGCCAACGCCGCUAACAUAGCCAACACAGCCAAGGAGCGAAGGCGGCGCAAAGCUGAGAAGGCCCUGCGAGACACGUACGACCUGACCCAGGAGGAACUGCUCUACAUGAAGUUUGUCCAAAAAAUAAAAAUCAAAAACAUUUACUCGCUACUCAACAACAUAAAAAAAAAUAAAUACAUAAACAAGAAGCAGAGAGACGUCAUCCUCAGCUGCAUCUACAAGUACGGAAGUCACAACUGCUAUGUGAUGUCAAAAAAGGAAUUUUUUUUCUUCCUUUACAUUUUCCCUCAGCAAUUAAAAUAUGCCACCAAAACAGUGCACUAUUUGAGGAGUCUCCUUGACAAGGACCACAUGACUCUCACCCAGUGUCUGAGAUUGAUAAGCGAAAAAAAUUUAUUCCAUGUGAACUGCUACCUUAGAAGUCAUUACGUCCGCUUCCUAACUCGAAAUGCACACAAAAUUAGCUUGCCACAGAUAUUGCACCUUUUAUCAAGAGGUUCCUACCUCUUCGCCAUCACCCCUGACUUCAAAACGGAGGAGGAACUGCUAGAUGAUCUCCUUAAAAAGAAGCUGCUUCAAAUUGUAAAGGAGACAAAGAAGGUUCCCCUUGAUGGAGACCUAAAAUGGGAUUACCUACACUUCAUAGAAUGGUGUACCCGUCAAGAAAAUAUGUACCUAAACCUCUUCUUUAACGACCUGUUUGUGCACCUACACAGGAGAGUAUUCAUCGACAACGUGGAUGUCCUAAAGCGGAACCAGGAUCAUGAAUACCUACAGAGAGUCCUAACCCUGGGGAGAUACAACCUCUGCAUAAACCACUUAAAUGUGUUAGCCUUCAGUAGUGAUGUCGGUUGCUUCCAUACGAGGGGGAACACCACCAAGGUGAAGGUCUUCCCGUCCUACAUUACGGGGCAGAGAAGGGGGGGAACGAAUAGGGACGCUCCCCGCGGGGGGGCACCCGGCGAAGCAGGAGAAGCAGGAGAAGCAAACGAAAUAGGAGAAGCAGGAGAAGCAAACGAAGCAGGAGAAGCAAUCGAAGAAGCUGCACCCGAUGCGCAAGAAAUGAACCAGCCAAGCAGGCACACCCAUGUAAACGCCGCCCCUCCGUGUGAUGAUCCAGCGGAGACAAACCAGUUUGCCACAAAACCAACGCGAGAAAGUGACACAUUGAGAAAUAUGAAAAUGGCCUUCUCCUUCUCGACCCCAUUCGAAAAAAUAAAAAGUAAUCGAUACGACGAGUUGAAGAACCUGUAUCAAAUUAACACAAAAAUUACAGAUAAAAAUGUUAAAAUUUUAUUGAGAUUUUUUCGGAUGCUAUAUCAUCACAGUAGUAGUUCAUCCCAUUUAGAGAAUCUUUUUUGCAGAGGUAAUUUUCCUCAAAUUAUUUCUGACCUGAGGAAGGGAUGGGAGAUUCCACCUUUCGAUCAUCAACCUAUGUGUAGGACUGACUAUGGAGAGAACUCCCCUCUUUGGAGACUCAUCUGUUGGUGGACCUCCGAUCAAGUGAUGAGUUCUCCCGACAAACAGGUACCCUUUUUUUACAACCUAUUCGAGCAUACCCAAGGAGGAACCCUCCCCAAGGGAGAGCUUCCAAUUCAGGAGAAGCAACUCCACCAAUGCGGAAUUGCCCAAUCGAAGACAGCCGAGACAGCCGAGACAGCCAAGACAGCCAAGACAGCCAAGACAGCCAAGACAGCCGAGACAGCGUCUCCUUCGUUGAGAUACACUUACCAAAUGGGCAGAUCACCUUGCAUGAUAACUCUGCAGCGAGCGGCUAACUUCCUCCUUAGCAUGCUAUCCAACUACCUUGACGGAGCGCCCUUCCAGAAGGAGCGAUUCCUAAUCAUCCUAUACUACUUGAACAGGUCCAUUUUGAAAGACGCGGCGGUGCAGACUCACCUCGAGACGAGGUUACACAAAAAUCAUGAGACAUUUCGGAAUAGAUUCUUUUAUGUGCACACCGGGUGCGGGGGGAAUAAGCCGAUGUUGGACAAGUCGCUGGUUGCGAAGGUGCGGGCCGCCUACUUGACGCGCUCUCCCUGUUUAAGCGGCGUACCCAGCCGUCCUAGUUCUCCCGGUUGGCGUAGCUCCCCGAUUCGCACCAACAAGGACACCCCGUCGGAUGAGCACACGCACGACAUGUACACCCAGAUGGAGAAUCUACUUCGGAAGAACCAACACUGCUUUACGCUGAACGACAUGAUCACCUUCAUCGUUACGUACAGCCUGAACGGGCUUUACCACUCGACCAUAUACUACUCCAUUUCAAAGUGGCUCCUUCGACACGACUUGGCCUCUCUCCCCGAUGAGAUGAAAAUAUUUUUAUUCAUCCACUUCAGCCAUUGCAAACACGUGUACAAGCCGCUCCUCUUGCACCUACUUCGUUUGGUGUCCCAAAUUGAUGAGAUUAACGAGCGGAGUGGUCUCCCCCUUCUGUGCUCUCUCAUCCACAUUCUAAUUAAUCAGGAUCACCGGGCAAAAAGGGUAAAAAUAAAACACGUCCGAUAUGUUGAGAGAAAAUUUGGACAAAUUCAGUGGCCUUAUUUUUUCCCUCUCGAGUUAUUUCUUUGGAACAGUGCACACAUGAUGGCUUCAAGAAGGACACCCACCUUGGAGAGUGACUCCAUGAGUGACAAAUUGAAGAACCGAGAAGGAAACUACAAAAGAACGACUUCCACUAUUCGUGAAAAAAAUGAUUCAACAGAAUUCACUCGUAACUUAGAUUUUAACGUGUCAAAGUUUGAGGAUUAUAUGAAGGAGAUUUUUCCAAAAAUAGUUCAGCAGUUGGAAAAACGUUUAGUUGUGGGACAUGAUCGACGGAUCAGUACCUCCGAUCGGGUGAUGUCCCCCGUUUCUCUUGCAGACCUUCACCCAUUGGAUGAAACCACACAGAAGGAAGUGCUUCAAAAUUGCAAAAAUCUCCUUUCAUACCAUUUCGUGGAGAGAAAUUUUUUGGUAAGUAGGAGGUCAUUGUACUAUGCUAUACUAGUGCAAUUUAAAAGGUGGGGAUGGGAUAAAACGAUUUAA